AUGAAGCGCGGACGUGGAGGUGCCGGUGGCAACAAGAUGAAGGUCACCCUCGGUUUGCCGGUGGGUGCCCUCAUCAACUGUUGCGACAAUAGCGGGGCUAAGAACCUGUUCAUCAUUGCUGUCAAGGGCUGGGGCUCCUGCCUGAACCGCCUGCCGUCAAGCUCCCUUGGUGACCUGGUGUUGGCCACAGUCAAGAAGGGCAAGCCUGAGCUGCGCAAGAAAGUGCACCCUGCAGUCAUUGUGAGACAGCGCCGCGCCUGGAGGCGGGCUGAGGGCUACUUCAUAUACUUCGAGGAUAAUGCAGGAGUUAUCUGCAACAACAAGGGGGAGAUGAAGGGCUCUGCCAUUACAGGCCCAGUCGCAAAGGAAUGCGCAGAGUUGUGGCCCAAGAUUUCUGCAGCUGCUCCUGCAAUAUGCUGA